GGUCUCCCUUGACAAAUCAUCAAUGGCCAGGAACCUUUAGCAGACACACUCUAUUGCUCCCACCCACAGAAAUUUUACAGAAGUCAAAAGUUCCUUUUUCAUUUUACAGUCACACAGCGGGCCUUGUUCAUUUCGUUUUAUUUAACAAAGCCAUAGGCCUGUGAGUGUAGUUAAGAUCAUAAGUGUGUGCUAUACAGUAGGAGAGAGAGAGACAUUUUUUGACUUUCGUUGAGUGAGAGGAAAUUUUGAAACAUUGUGCAAUGGUGCCGCAAAAGUUUUGAAAGGUUGUCAGAGUGUUUGGCCAGCAAAGCGUCUGAGAGCCGGUUCGUUGGAGAAGAGGUCUCCAUGUUGCAUCCAUACAGAAUGGAGAGCUACCUCGUCCCUCCCCACUCAGAAGAAAUGUAUGAUCCUGAGAUCUACAGGCAUCCAAUUUCAGAGUAUUAUAAUUCUUAUGUCCUAGAUGCAGAUUUCCAGGCAGAUCACUGGGACUAUCACACUCACCCUCACGUACACCCUGCAGAGUUUGAAAACCUUCAAGAGACCAACUUCACAGAGCUUCAGAGUGUGCAGGCUCUCCACCCACCCAGCCUCAUACGACACGAGGCCAUGCGAUAUGAUGCAGAAAACCUGCUCGAUCCAAAUCUUGGGGCACAUUCACAUGUGUUACAGCCACCAGUAGCCUUCUUCCCUCGGCCUGUGUAUCCCACCCACAUGUCCCAGCGCAGCUCAGACGAUGAGGAACACGGAGACCAAAGUCCCCCGCUGGAGGUAUCUGAUGAGGAGUGUCUGAGAGAUCGAGGCCCCUAUGUGACACCUGGAGAUUUGGGCAACAAAAAGAAGAUCCGUUUGUACCAGUUCCUGUUGGACCUUUUAAGGAGCGGCGAUAUGAAGGACAGUAUCUGGUGGGUGGACAGAGACAAAGGGACAUUCCAGUUUUCUUCCAAACACAAGGAGGCUCUCGCACAUCGCUGGGGAAUCCAGAAGGGAAAUCGCAAAAAAAUGACCUAUCAGAAGAUGGCACGUGCGUUGCGCAACUAUGGCAAAACUGGAGAGGUGAAAAAGAUAAAGAAGAAGCUGACAUACCAGUUCAGUGAUGAGGUACUGGGGAAGAGCCACCUGGAGAGAAAACCAUUUGUGUAGAUAGGAGGGAUACUGAAAUGUAUCUGAAAUGUAAGAUUUGCUCAUGACAGGUGUUGACAGUGGAGGUGCAGUUUCUGGUGUUAGAUGCUGAAUCAACCGUGCUGAUCUGAAUAGCAUUUUGUGAGUAACCCCAUUACUGCUGUACAGUGGGAUCAAGAUACUAUCUAAUGAGGUAAAUAAGUAUGAAACAAGAGAAUAAAUCCCAAAAGACUCUUCCUGUGUAACAUGGCAUGUUUGGAGUCCACUUCCUAAGUGUCCUAGCAGAGAAGAAAUAACCUAGAAAGCACAGUUUGACUUUUUGUCUGAAUGUCUGGAUAACAAAAUACUUUAAGGUAGCAGAACAAAUCAUGAAAAUGUGUAACCUAUCAUUUGUAAAUGUGUACAGAGGUUUGUGAAUGUGUACUCAGACUUGAAAAAGCAUUACAAGUUUUUGUGAACAUUGUUUCCUGUAGCCUCCCUGAAAGAUGUAAAACCUACCCUUUUAAACCCCAGCCACAGCUGGAGGGGGGUGGAGGGUGGUAAACUGCUUUGGAGUGCAGCAGUUUCUACUCAGUUGGAACUGCUAGUCACAUGAUGGUAGCACUCAGAGAGAUGUUUGUGCUACACAUAUAACAGAAAAUAACAACAGCGUGGCACAUGUUCAACUACUAUCAUGUAUUAAACUAUUAGGUCGAAUACACACCAGUACACUCCAGAUACACACAGAUAAAACUAAUAAAAUGUAAUACAUUCAGUCUAACAGACACACCGCACACCUUAAAUUUAACAGCGCCACAAACAUCAUCAACCAUAAUAAGCAUAAAGUUGAAUCAGUGCCUGUUGAAAAGAGUUUCAACAGGAACUUCAUGAAGGUGGGAUAUAUUGGAGGGCUGUUGCCUUAGACCGCAUUAGUUUUAGCUACUGAGUGCAUGUUAUAAAAGCCACUGACAGCAGUUGGCCUCAGCAAAGAGAAAAGCAAAUACCCAAGCAUUAAAGAAAGCAUAAGAAACCUUUUAGUGUACAGUGCGCGCUGGGUUAGUGACUUCAUUUUGAAAUGAAUGCUCGAUAUGUACAAGGUGCAAACCUGUUAAUGGACAGGAUGCAUCAGCUUUAAAACAACAACACCACUAUGAGCCCACAUGAACAUCUACAGUGACUGUGCUCUGUAAACCAGAGAUCUCAGCAUUUUACAGGUCAGAACAUAUCCACAAAUCUCUGAUCACAUUUCCAUAUCUAUAGCUUAUGCAUUUUAUUUAUUUAUUUUUUGUGAUUUUUUUUAAGUUAAAAAAAGAAAAAAUCAAAAACAUUUUGGUAAAUGCACAUAUUGGCUUUACCAAGAUAAGAUGAUUGAUACUACAUCUCAUGUAUGUAUGGUAGAUAUGAAGCUAUGGCCAGCAGCUACCUUAGCUUGGUAUUAAGAUUGGGAAGCAGGUGGGGAAAUGCCCAGCUGGACUCUUUCAAAGUGUGACAAAAUCUGUCUUCUAGCACCCCUAAAGCUCACUGAUAAUACUGCACCUUCUUUAUUUAAUAUGGACAAAAACGUAAAGGCAAGUGGUUUCAGUGGUUUUGCAGGGAGUGAUUUUCUGGACUCAUUCUUGCGUGGGAGCAGUGACUUCCUGGAGUCUUGCUGUCACUGUGAGCUUUUCAUUAGAUGAGCAGACACUUGUUCUAACUUCUUAAUUUAUGAGUGUGGAAUCAAUCCUCUCAUGUAACUACUGUAAUAAAAACAAAUAACCGUACUUCCCAAAAUGUCAAACUACUCCUUUCAUGACUACGACUGAUAGAGUUUAGUCGAAAAGGCAAGGGGAAAGAAAGAAGGGAAAACAUGCAAACAUGUUACAGGACAUGCGUCUUAGACCUGAGGUCGCUGAGACGCCCACUAUUUUUAAACACACAUACACACACAUACACACAUAUAAAAGUGCAUAUUUUAUUUGGAAAUGUCUUUUUACCCAUUUUCAAUGUUAAAGUCAUUUUUUCAUGACAUGUAACCACUAUUUGUCCUCAGAGAGUUCAUGGUUUGAAACUUAACACACUUCUUCCUGUUGUGUUUGACUUUCUGAAGACAUGCUUAAGUUCUCUGUAAACCCUUGAUAAUACUUCUGUAUGCAAAUAUCAACAUGGCAAUUUCAUAUUUAAAGCAUCAAGCAUCAAGCACACACAGAAGUGACUGAUGAAAUAAGAUCGUGAUGUUUCUUUUUCUUCAUUUCUUUGCUUCUUCUUCAUUUUUUUUUUUUUUACCGAUAACCUUAAAAUUAUGACUAAGAAUUGCUUGUAAAAAUAAAUUGUUCAUAAAUGAAUGUGCAGUGUAACUGUAUUACAUAUUGGAGGUAAAACACUGAAAAAAAGAAGAAAAAGAGAUUAACAUUGUGUACAAUUGUAUAGCUUUAGAAUUAUUUUUGUUGUUGAUAACCCUCACCUUUCAUUCAAGCUAUAAAGAUAACAGAUGACUGUGAGGAACAAUAAGGUUAAUACCGGGUGGAGGGGUGAAGUGUGCUGUCACCCACUUCUUGUAUAUGUCCGCCUGCAGAUCCUGACGCAGUGCAGGCACCAGGUCUCCGCUCACGAGGGGCGUGGCACGUCUGGAUCUUCCAGGUUAAUACUCUAUAAUACAGUUGUGUAUCCAGCUGUUUUUCUCUGCGUUGAAUACUGUUGUUUUUUUAAAUGUACUGUUCAUGUAAUAACGACUUAUUUCUGUAUUUUUGUGUCAUGAGGAUAGUUUCUGUUUCCUGCCCAUGAUGAAGUGUUUCAUUCGUCAUAUUUCGAGAAUAAAGCAUUUUUAAGCAGA